UUUGCUAUUUCCAAGGGUGCUACAGAUGUCCACGGUCCGGCCUCUCCGGCCCGGGGUGUUAUAAAUAGUAAAGGUUAAUUACUUAGCUUGGAAAUUGGAUCAGGGGCGGGCAGUCAGAAUUUGAUCCAUAGACAGGUAACUCAAGCAAUCCCUUUUGUCACGGCAGUGAGACCUAUAUAAAUCCGCCUUGACGUGCAGCCAUUCACCACAUUGCUUACCUCUCUGCUGCAUCACCAAACGGCCCGAGAACCUCCGAAACGCGGAAUAAAAUGUCGCUCUCAUCUAUCCUUUCGGCUGAUGCCAUCGACAGUGCUAUCAAGGACUGCCAAGCUCCAGACUCCUUCUGCCCCAAGAAGUUCUUCCAGUUGUGUGGCCUCACCAAGAAGAGCCCCCAGGACGUGAAGAAGGUUUUUGGGAUCCUGGACAACGAUGCCAGCGGUUUUAUUGAGGAGGAAGAGCUCAAGUUUUUCCUCCAGAGGUUCACCCCUGGGGCCCGCGUCCUGACCGACAAGGAGACAAAGGCGUUCCUGUGUGCCGCCGAUGACGAUGGCGACGGCCAGAUUGGAGUAGAUGAGUUCCAGGCCAUGGUGUUGUCCUAAACAACUGGACCUCGUGGCUCCAAGUCGAUCCGACACCCCCUUAACCCGCCCCUCCUCCACUUCAAGGGCUCUCUUAGUUUUAUUCAAUCAUUUUCCACCUGGAUAGAUGAAACCUGUUGGAUCGCGACCUCUUUUUUUCAAGACUCAUCCAGCUUCACCAGGAUCAGAUUUGUCUUUCAUAUGUUUUAAACAUAUCAUAUAGCUGUUUUUUCCAAAUAAAUGUUGAAUUUAUCAAAUCACUGAGAAAAUAAAACAAUAAAAUUCAAA